AUGGCUCCUUCUGCGGCACACACGGCCGAUGGCAUUUCAUCGCCAAUUGACCUUGCACUGAUCCCGCCGUUUUGGCGGCGCAAGAAUGGCAUCUUGCUGUAUUUUCUACUUACAUCGUCGCUGCUUGCCAGCGCCGCGCUCGGCAUUGACGGGUCGAUGACAAAUGGAAUGCAGGUACUUCCAACGUGGCAAGAUCAGUUUGGACAUCCCCAAGGCGCAAGCCUGGGCUUCUUCGGCGCAUCGAGUUCCAUUGGCGGCGUCGUACCAUUUAUAUUUCUCGGCUGGAUCAGUGACAAAUGCGGACGACGAGUUCCUACCGCCCUCGGCUCCAUUUUCAUCAUCGCCGGCGUCUUGCUCGAAUUCUUCGCUACCUCGCUUCACAUGUACAUCGGAGGCAAGAUUGUGCUUGGCUUUGGGUCCUCGCUGAUCCAGAUGGGUGCCCCGGUGCUGGUCACGGAAUUAAGCCAUCCGAAAGAACGAGUACAAGUCACCACUUUUUAUAACACGUCAAUCGUCCUGGGAUAUGUCAUUGGCGCAUGGGCAACUUACGGCUGCUUUCGCAUCUCUGGAUCGUGGUCUUGGAGGCUGCCAACGUUGAUCCAAAUCAUACCCUCGGCCUACCAGCUCGGCCUCAUAUUCUUUUGUCCCGAGUCUCCUCGAUGGCUGAUUGCAAAGGGCCGGAUGAAGGAAGCACGGAAGAUUCUAGUCAAAUACCACGGCGAAUGCGACCCAAACUCGGAGGUUGUCAAUGUCGAAUGCGCCGAGAUUGAACAAGUCUUGGCAAAGGAAGCUGCGCACAACAUGACCUGGGUCGACUUUUUCUCAUCUAUCCCCAACUUGAAGCGAAUAUCUCUCUGCUUCGCGACGGCCGUCUUUAGCCAGAGCUCUGGUAACCUGCUCGUGUCAAACUAUCUGACGCAAAUCUUGAAAGAUACCGGUGUCAAGUCUCAAAAGGACAUUACCCUUGUCAACGGCAUGGUGACGCUUUGGCAGUACAUCGUGGCGCUAUCUGUCACAGUCUGCAUCAACAAGUUUAAACGACGCACAUUUUUCCUCAUUGGAUCUGGGGGUGUCUCGCUCACAUUCAUUGCCUGGACAAUUGGAGCUCAACAGUAUCUGGAUCAUGGUUCUAUUCCGGCUGGCCGACUUGUUCUCGCAUGCAUCUUCAUCUUUCAAGCUUUUUACACAAUGGCCUGGACAAAUCUGGUAGUGACAUACCCCCUCGAGUUGGUCACAUACCAAAUGCGAGCCAAGACGUGGGCCUUUGUCCUGCUAACAAUCCAAGUGGCCACCAUCUUUGGCAACUAUGUUAAUCCCAUUGCGCUACAAAACAUUGGUUGGAAAUUUUACAUUUAUUAUUGCAUUUGGGUGGCGUUUAUUUUUAUUUUUGUAUACUUUUUCUUUGUUGAAACCUCGGGACCGACGUUGGAAGAGCUGGCGUAUAUCUUUGACGGGCACGACAAAAAGAAGCAUAUAUCGACUGAAACACAGCAUCGCAAGGAGAAGGAGAUUCGAACGCAAACUGAAUCUCUGGGCGAGUGUUCGGACUCGACCCGCUCUGUAUAA